UUAGAAUAUCUAAUUAAUAAUUCAAAUUGUAGUGAAUUAUUAACAGCACUUCAAUUACUUACUCCACGUUCUACUGUUGGAAGUUUGGCAAUGAAUGAUAAUUUUGAAGCUGCUAAAUUGCAUCAAUUUUUAAUAAUGCGUAACUUAGAGUGUGAAUUAAAUACUGGUACUGAGGAUUUUCCUGUACUCAUAGAUAACUCUGAAAUACUGAUACAUUAUAUGGCUCUGCUGGA